AUGUAUGUCAACACUUCCAAGCUUGCUACUGUGGCUCUUGCCACCAUCCUCUCUGCCAACUCCGUCCUCAGUGCACCAAUGGCUGGUCGCUCUUCCAACUUGUUGACCCGUGACCCCCGUGGCUCCCAUGGCUCGACCUCCCACAAGGUCUCUGACGUUACUGGCGCCAUCUCUGACGGUACUGGUGCGAUCGCCGAUGCCAUGACCCUCCAGGAGUAUCUGAACCAGAAGCGCAGCCCUCGCGGCCACCACUCUGGCUCUGGCAGUUCCACUGGUGAACGGGUCUCGACUUGGACCGGUGCUUUGGGCGACAUUACUGGCAUGGGCGCUGAUGCUGCCACUAUUGCUGAGGCUGCCAACAACCAAAAGCGUUCCCCUCGCGGCCACCACCACUCUAGCUCAAGCUCUUCCACCGGUGAACGGGUCUCGACUUGGACCGGUGCUUUGGGCGACAUCACCGGUAUGGGAGCCGAUGCCGCUACUAUCGCUGAGGCUGCCAACAACCAGAAGCGUUCGCCCAAGGGCCAUGGUUCUAGCCAUGGCGGUUCUUCUUCCUCUUCCAGCGACAAGGCUCUGAAUGGCCUUGAUGCCGCCGGUAACAUCGUUGGUAUCGGUGCUGACGCUGCGACCAUCGCCGAAGCUGCCAACAAUCAGAAGCGUGCCCCCAAGGGUCACGGUGGCUCUAGCUCUAGCGGCAAGGCCCUCGAUGGACUCGAUGCCACCUCCAACAUUGUCGGCAUUGGUGCUGAUAUCACCACUAUUGCUGACGCCGCUAACCAGAAGCGCGCCCCCAAGGGCCACGGUGGCUCUUCUUCCUCUUCUAGCGACAAGGCUUUGAAUGGUCUUGACGCCGCUGGUAACAUCGUUGGUAUCGGCGCUGAUGCUGCGACUAUCGCUGAGGCUGCCAAUCAGAAACGUUCUCCCAAAGGUCACGGUGGUUCCUCUUCUUCAUCCAGCGAUAAGGCCUUGAACGGUCUCGAUGCUACCUCCAACAUUGUCGGCAUUGGUGCUGAUAUCACCACUAUUGCUGACGCCGCCAACCAGAAGCGCGCCCCCAAGGGCCAUGGCCGUCCCAGCUCUUCCAGCUCGUCUGACAAGGCCCUGAACGGUCUCGAUGCCGCCGGCAACCUGGUUGGUAUUGGGGCUGACGCUGCGACUAUCGCCGAGGCCGCCAACAACCAGAAGCGUUCGCCCAAGGGCCAUGGUUCUAGCCAUGGCGGUUCUUCUUCCUCUUCCAGCGACAGGGCCCUGAAUGGCCUUGAUGCCGCCGGUAACAUCGUUGGCAUCGGUGCUGACGCUGCGACCAUCGCCGAAGCCGCCAACCAGAAGCGUUCGCCCAAGGGCCAUGGCUCUAGCCAUGGUGGAUCUAGCUCUUCUGACAAGGCCCUGAAUGGCCUCGAUGCCGCCGGUAACAUCGUCGGCAUCGGUGCUGACGCUGCGACUAUCGCCGAAGCCGCCAACCAGAAGCGUGCCCCCAAGGGUCACAGUGGAUCUAGCUCUAGCGACAAGGCCCUCAAUGGACUCGAUGCUACCUCCAACAUUGUUGGCAUUGGUGCCGAUCUCACUACAAUCGCGGACGCCGCCAGCCAGUAG